AGCCUCACACUUUUGUCUUCAUCGUGCCGCUGCUGGUCAUGCUGUUCUGACACAGAUUCACCCUGUGCAUGCUAUUUAAGGCCCACAUGGGGCAGAAGCACCAGGCCAUGAGGGUCAUCUUUGCUGUUGUCCUCAUCUUCCUGCUCUACUGGCUCCCCUACCACCUGGUCCUGCUCGCAGACACCCUCAUGAGGACCCGGGUGAUCAAGGAGAUCUGUGAGCACCGCAAUGACAUUGGCCAGGACCUGGAUGCCACUGAGAUUCUGGGCAUCCUUCACAGCUGCCUCAACCCCCUCAUCUACGCCUUCAUUGGCCAGAAGUUUUGCCAUGGAUUCCCCAAGAUCCUGGCCAUGCAUGGCCUGGUCAGUAAGGAGUUCUUGGUACGUCAUCACGUUACCUCCUACACUUCUUCCUCUGUCAAUGUCUCUUCCAACCUCUGAAAACCAUCGACAAAGGAAUAUCUUCUCAUAAGGAAAGAAUAACCAACACCCUGAGGUUGUAUAUGGAAGGCGGUCUGGCUGUGGACAGGCACUGUCUGGGUUUUGGGGGGACACUAGAGGACGUGGGGAAGUUAGGAACUGGUGUCUUCAGGGAUCAUGCCAACCUUCUGAAGAGCUGCUGAGGUACCUCCAAGGACCAGCCUUUGCAGCUCCAUGGAAAGGAAGCACCAGCAUUUCUAUUGAACGUUGCAUCUUUAUCCCACUAACUGGCUAAUUAAUUCAGUUUUUUAAGCUAGUUUGACUUCCAUUUCUAUCAUUUGACAUCAGAAGAGCCCUGACAUUGUCAGUCCUUACAUGGGACGUUUUUACACAGAUGAAGCUAAACCACAAAGGCAAACUUGCUAGGUGGACAGCAGAAAACUGAAAGAGGAGAGGACAGACGAGAGGAGCUUUGAGCAGAUGGUGGGCAAAUGAGCUGUGGUCUCUUCAGCAUGCGUUCAUUCCUGUGAUCAUUAUUUAUUGAGCAUUUAAUAGGCUCCAGGCACCAAGGACAUAGAGUGAACAAACUGACAGGGCCCUGUCUCCAAGGAGGGAAAACAGACUAGGAAAGAAC